AUGAUUAAAGAAACGAUACGAAGAGUCAACGGCUAUGAGAAAGAUGCAUACACGUACUACCCCGUCAUCAUUGUUGGGGCUGGAGCAUCUGGGAUUGCCAUGGCAUGUCAGCUGAAACAGCAGCUGGGCUUUGACCAGUUUCAAAUCAAAGCUAAAUUCUACGUACAUAGUGAUGUACCUGCAGUAUUCUACUCUUUCUCCUUCGCGCAAAACCCCAACUGGACCUCGUUUCACCCACCCGGCAAAGAAAUCGUACGCUACUAUCACCAAGUCUGCGACAAAUACAAGAUUACCGACAAGAUCGAGCUCAAUACCGACAUUGAAUGCUGCAAAUGGCUCGAAGAUGAGCAACUAUGGGAAGUUACACUCCGCCGUUUGAUCGCCGGCAUGGGCGACCUCUCCUCCAAGGAGCGUAUCAAGAUUGCACAAGAAAGGGGCGAAUACGCGGUAUACUCCGAGACGGAAGUUGUAAAAGCAAAAGUUGUGCUCAGCUGUGUAGGCGGCCUGGUCGAGCCCAAAGGCUGGCCGGACGAGAUCAAAGGCAUCGAGAACUUCAAGGGCAAAAUGUUUCACUCGGCUCGGUGGGAUGAUAUGAUCGAAUUUACGGACAAGAAUGUGGUGGUGGUAGGGACAGGAUGCAGUUCCGCGCAGCUCGUCCCACGCCUUCCCAAUGCCCCUUACAAUGCCAAAUCUGUCACUCAGUUGAUGAGAUCACCCCCAUGGGUUGUACCUGCCUUCCCAGCCCCCGGUGGCGAUGAGUGGUGGGAGAAGAACGGGCCAAGACUCAUGAAAUACAUACCCGGGUUAAAAGAGCUCCUUCGAUUCACUAUUUUUGCUGGUGCAGAAGCCGGAUUUCUCAAGCUCUUUCCCAACACACCGUAUGCUGAGGAGGGAAGGAAAGAAUACGAAGAGAAGACGCUUGAGCACAUGCGAAAAAAUGUGCCGGAAAAGUACUGGGAGAUGAUGACGCCAGAUUACGGUGUAGGAUGUAAACGACGCAUCUACGACAAGAGAUGGCUACAGAGUCUGAACAACCCAAAGAUAGAGUUGACCACCCAACCGCUGAAUCGGAUCACUGAAGACGGUGUUGUCAUUGGACCUGGUGUAACGUACCCGCGUAGCGUGAAAGAGGAUGAGCAUCCCGAGAGGGAGAUUCCAGCUGAUAUCAUCGUCUUGGCAAACGGCUUCGACACUACGCGUUGGCUACACCCGCUCAAGGUCAUUGGCAAAGGAGGCAAGGACCUAGUACAAGUCAUGGAAGAACGAGGAGGCGCCCAGGCGUACCAAGGUACUGCCGUCGACGGUUUCCCAAACUUCAUGAUGAUAUUCGGGCCAAAUACUGCGACUGGACACUCAUCUGUCGUCAUGGCCAGCGAGAACAUGGUGAACUACUCGCUCAACUUUAUCCGACUUAUCCUCAACGACGAGGCUCGCACAGUUGAUGUCAAGCACUCUGCCGAGGUAGCCUACACAGCUGAAAUGCAACGCGCUCUCAAGAACACCGUUUGGCAGAGUGGGUGUUCGAGCUGGUACUACACUGCAGACGGUUGGAACUCGACUGUCUACCCAUAUACACAAGUCGAUUUCUGGCGCCGUUGUACAUUCCCCAAGUGGGACGACUGGAACAUUGAGUUUACGAGUAGAGGUAUUGCGAAAACGAGAAUGAGGCGGGCGGUCAGGGGUCUUGCGCUUGUACUUGCUAUUGGAGGGAUGUGGCGGUUGAAGAGGAGUGGACUGGGACUGGAGGAUGCGAAAGAGUGGUUGAAGGGAGUGGUACGAGGUUCCUGGGCGAUCUUGAUGCACUUGUGGGCUGCGUACAGAAAGGCGCUUUCUUUCCAAGGUAGUAAUUGA